AAAAAAAAAGAACAACAAUCUUUUCAAGUUUUUGUCGGUCAGCAAUGCUUGAGGAUUGUUCGCGUAUUGGAAAGUUCCUCGCAGUAGUUUUUGCCUUGUGAAAUGUGCUCCAUGUCCGUGCUGUGUCCGCUGUGCGCGGUGCCCAGUUUCAAUAGCAUCGAUGCACUGCAGCAGCGUCUGAUCAAGGCGGCGAAUGGACCUUUGGCCUGCCCCUUCCCGCAUUGCAAGGAGCUGUUCCUCGGCUUAGACAAGCUGACCAUACAUCUGUUUAGCCACACCAGCCUGAUGGAGCAGAACGAAACAAGCGCAGCAGCUACGCCAGCUGCAGAACCUGCUGCUCCCCUUCCCCUUCAGCCCACAACUAACCCUUGCCCCGCUGCAGCCAGUUCACCACCGUCGCCGACAACGUAUUCGACUGUUGCUGCUGCUGUGCCCAAGCGACGUGGCAAGAAAUCGCGUGCCAAGCCCUUGGAGCAGCCGCCUCCAAUAUUGCCGCCGCCAGCGCCAGCGACGCCGCCAGCGAGAUGCGACAUCUGCGAGUUCAAUUUUCGCAACGAAGAGCUGCGCGACAUACACAUUCGGCUGGUGCACGAGAAUGCAGAGCUGACGGAGCAGCGGCCGCAGCAGCCACAGCAGGAGCCCUACAAGUGUCAUCUGUGCUCCAAGACGUUCCGAAUGAAGGGCUCGUUGCGUGUCCAUCUCAAGGUCCUGCACACGGUCGGAGCAACGCACGGAAGCAGCAGCAGCAGCAGCAACGGCAAUGGCAACGGCAACAACUGCAACGGCAGCCAGAACAAUGGGAGCAACUGUCUGAGUGCCACUCCCAAAAUCAGCAUUUGCGAUCGCAUCCGACACAAGGAGGCGUCCGCCAGCAGCGGCGCCUUCUCCACUGGGUGCACCAACAGCCAGCCCUACGCAUUGAGCGGAGCCAUUUGCAUGCUAAAGCAGGAGCUGCCGGGAGCUGCAACGGACGCGGCGACCGGCUCGGAGUACGGCAGCACGCCCAAGAACUGGGAGUGCGAUGUGUGCACCAAGAUGUUCACCACCAAGUAUUUCCUAAAGAAGCACAAGCGACUGCACACGGGCGAAAUGCCGUACACGUGCCAGUACUGCGCACGCACCUUCACCUUCCAGCAGUCCUAUCACAAGCAUUUACUCUACCAUAGCGAGGUGAAGCCGCACGCUUGCAGCAUCUGCGGACGCGCCUUCAAGGAACUGUCCACCCUGCACAAUCACCAGCGCAUCCACAGCGGCGAGAAGCCCUUCAAGUGUGAGGUGUGCGGUAAAUGUUUUCGGCAACGCGUCUCCUUUCUGGUACACACACGCAUUCAUACUGGAGUCAUGCCCUAUAAAUGCGAGCACUGUCAGAAGACAUUUCGCUACAAGGUCUCGUUGCGUACACAUAAAUGCGCUGCCAACACUGAGGACGAGCCACAGACACCAGAACAACUGAUCAAGGCGCUGCUGGAGUCCUCCAAUGUGACAGUGGGCCAUGUGCAGACAGAGCAUGUGGCUAUUAAUGCGGCCAUUCAGAUAAAUGGCGGGGAUCAGGAGGCGUUGCUCUCGCAAAGCAUUGAUGACAUUGUGGUCGAGAGCUGCCAGAAGCUGGGCAUUUGCAGCGUGGAGCCGCCGCAGCAGCCACAGCCGGUGAUCAUGGACAGCAGCGUGCACUUCGAUGGCAGCAGCUCGCCGCUGCAGCAGCUGCAGAAUUUGCGCCUAUAUUCGCCGCAGCAGGCGGAACAGCCCAGCAGCUCGGAUGGUGAGCUCUUUCGCCAUUUCCUAAUGGACGCCACGUAGUUGAGGAAGUUCCAUAUAUCUGUUUGUCUUUUGUGUAAAAUUUUGUUGUGUAUUGCUCUUA